CUGUUAUAGCGGUACUAAUUGAAUUUCGUACCGGUAACACUGUUACAUAACUAAAGACAUUAAUCAUAUAAUAAAUUAAAACAAGAUCAUUCUUAUCAAUGUGGCUGUGAUUACAGUAGAAUAUCUUUAAUAUUGUGCAGAGUGAUUGAAAAAUGGGAAACGGAAAGGAAAUUCGUGUAUCGCAAUGGUACUUUGGCGGACUAGCUUCUGCUGGAGCCGCUUGUAUAACUCACCCUCUGGACUUAUUGAAAGUUCAAAUGCAGACACAAAAAGGAAAAAAUAUUUCGAUGUUUCAGCUUACGGGAAUAGUUUUAAGAAAUCAAGGAGUCAUGGGACUUUAUAAUGGUAUCUCAGCCUCUCUCUUACGUCAACUCACAUAUUCUACAGCCCGAUUCGGAAUUUAUGAAGUAGCAAAACAACAACUUACUCCCAAAGAUGGUUCAGCAAUACCAUUCUAUAUGUCAGCAUUUUUAGCUGGUUUAGGAGGUUUUGCUGGAGGUUUUGUUGGAAACCCAGCAGAUUUAGUAAAUGUGCGCAUGCAAAAUGAUGUCAAACUUCCACCAGAGCAAAGAAGAAACUAUAAGAAUGCAAUUCAUGGGAUUUAUCGUGUAGCAGCACAAGAAGGAGUCCUGCGUUUGUGGGCUGGGGCUUCUAUGACAUGCAGCAGAGCAGCAUUAAUGACUAUUGGCCAACUGUCAUUUUAUGACCAGAUAAAGACAAUAUUGCUAGCAUCGCCUUAUUUUGGUGAUAAUGUGGCAACACAUGUGAUGUCAAGUUUGCUAGCAGGAGCCAUUGCAACCACACUCACACAACCAGUAGAUGUCUUAAAAACACGAGCAAUGAAUGCAAAACCAGGUGAAGUUAAAAGCAUUUUUAAACUGAUUCAGAAUACUGCCACUGAGGGACCUCUAGCAUUUUUCAAAGGCUACAUUCCAGCAUUUGUAAGACUUGCCCCGCACACUAUCCUCACAUUUGUUUUCUUAGAACAACUAAGAAUGAACUUCGGUUAUAUUAAAAACAUAGGUGUAUAAUUUCAGGUUUUAGUUUCAAAUAUACAAAACUUUUAAUGACGACACUAAAUGGCCUUGCUAUCUCAUGUUAUUUUAAAUUUUAAUAGUAUAACGGCAACUAAGUCUAUGUUGUUAUAAUGUGGUGGUUAAGUUUUUUUUAUACAAUGAAAUUUUAUACAAUUUUCUGAAAAAGAGAUUACAUAAUAUAUCAUUUAGGCAAAUAAAUUAGAAUUGAGUGUUCAAACAUCUAAUGGGUGAUGCUUUAUAGAUUUAAUUUUUGGCUGAUUUUUAUAUUUGUAGCUGCAUUUAGAUAUAAUAGUCUAUAUAAAUAUAUUAAAUUCUAAGAGAUCUGUGCACUAUUUUCGAUAGUUUUUACAUAUUACUUUUUAUUUAUUUUUUAAAAUUUUAUUACUUUUUUAUACAGUGUAAAAGUUACCAUAAAUAGAAGUUUAAAAAAAAGUAUCUCUAUGUAUCAUAUUUAUUUGGCUUUAAGCCAGUGUUAUCUCAUAGAGAACAGAUAAAAUCAGAAUAUGAAGUUUGUUACAUUAGACUUAUUGUUUUCACUUUAUUAAUACAUAUUUCAUAUUAUAAAUAUGUAGCAUAUUAAUUUUUAUACAUGUUAUACUUUUAUUUAAUUUUUAAAUUACUUUACAAGAAAAUUAAAAGAAUAUUUUUUAUGAUUAAUAUUUAAAUACAAAUUAUGUAUUCGAUUGUUAUGUAUAAUAUGUUAUAGGAUAUAUAAAAUUCAUACUUUUAAAUUUGUGAUAAUUAUGAGUUUGACACAAAUGUAUACACAAAUUUAUUCAUAAAUACUAAACACUUAUUGCCAAACCAUGGCCUAUGAAAGUAGAAUUGUUGUUUUAUAAUUGGUUAUCUCCUAUAGACUUGACAUAUUGUCAGAAAUAUUUAUAAAUAAUUGAAUCUGAUUUUAAACUGCCAAUAAAAAAAUACUUGUCAUAUUAUAUUAAUAGAAAUACAAAAUAUUUAUCAUGAUAUCCAGUGCCAAAGUUAUUGACAAAUAUUAUUAAUAGCAAAAUAAUUUAUGUCUACCAUAAUUUUAUAUAAACUUAUUAUUUCUUAUCUAUUGUGAUCUAUUUUUUUUUGGAGACAGUAAUUUUACAUUCCUGCAUAACUUUUAUAGAACUUAAAGUAUUAUAUUAUUAACUUAUCUAAACAAGAACAAUUAGUACAAUUAUUUAUUUAUUUAUAAUAUUAUCAAAUAUUCUUAUAUAUUAUAAAAUAAUGCAAACAUAAAACUGUAAUGUAGCAAUUUAUUUAUGUAUUUUUUGAAUGCAUGUUUCUCUGUAGAAAUUAAAAUACCACAAAACAAAGUUACAUAAUAUGAAGUUUUUAUGUAGUUAUUUUAAUAAAUGUUUAAACUAUCAAAUUUGUUUUGAUAGUCAUAGGACGUUGUUGCAGAUUUUGACAAAUUGUCCUUGUUGUUAGUGGUUGUGCAUUAAAAUGUUAAACAUUGA